UUGCGGAUGCAGGCAUGGAGACGAGAAGUCAAUGGUCACCAAAGAGCGCGAUGUCUCUUCUCUAGCCGACGAACAGAGACUAUUCCCUUCCUAUAAGCAGAGCAGCCCCGGCGGGGUCACGAUAAAACCCGGCCAAACAACCAUAAAACCCAAGAAGCUACAGAGCUUUGGGAGCUUGAAACCGAUCAACACUCUUUCGGGCAGAGCCCGAGAUAGCGGUCCCGUUCGCGCUCAGGGGAAACAAAAUUAUCGCGGCAACAAGCAACCACGCGUCGGGACCGGAACUUUCCAUUCGGAUGGAGCCGUCGAUUUCGAGAGUCCGGAGAGACCGCUGAAGCGACAACGUCGGGAAAGCUUGGGUGCGUCGUUCGGGAGAACGAUAAGCAUCUCCGAUGACGAUAUUAUGGAACAAGCGGCGCCGGAGGAUUCGUCGCUCGCCGGAAACUCGGUGUCCAGCCAACGUUCUGGAAAGGGGAAGAAAGCGAGGACGGUGAAUCAAGUCGACGAGUACCGCGAAGUGGAGCGAAAUGUGCGAAUUCCCCGGGAAUCGCCCAGUAAGAAGCACAAUCGCCGGUCGCUGGACGAUGACCGGGAUGAACAAUUCACUGAAGAUGCCGCCAAAGAAAGACGUCUAUCGGCAUCAAAUUCGGUGUUUGAGCCUGUUGAAGUUGACAAACAGCGGAGAUCUAGGCAUGAAGUUUUACAGAGCGUCGAGAUACACGGCGUGAAUGGCACUCUAGAAAAUUCAUCGUCGAAAGAUCAUUUUGUGGAUGCCAGGCCCAAUCGCGCAUUCGAAUUCCGAGAAAGUCCCGAUGAGCUGCAGGGCGAAGCGACUGUUCGGCCAGUCCCGACGGUUUUGAAUCGAGGCGUUAAGCGACUUACAAAUGAUGAUUCGGAGGGGGAAGGGCAACCGACAUCCAGUGGUCGACAACAAUUGUCCCCGUCCGAUAUCCGCCCGACCAAGUUCACAAGUGCAUCGUCUGUCAGCAAGAAGAAACCCAUUAAAAAGUUGAAGCCCAAAAAAAGCCAUGCCGACGUUCAAGUGUUUAAGAUAACUUACCUCCGCUCGGGAGAUUUGGAGCUUCUCCCUUCUCAAGGAGAGCCCAUGGACUUGAGCUUUGACCUAACAAAGAAAGCAAUUUCGUUCUAUGCAAGCUCGAAGGGUCGGACUUCGGUGGCCUUGGACCGAGUCACCAGGGUUGAGAAAGGGGAUGAUGCUAGCCGGAAAAUGCGAUUAGGGUUGACGAGAACGAAAGGGACGGGCGAUCAACUGGAUAUAGAGCUACUGGACCCCGAGGCGAAACGGGAGCUGUGCGCUUUAUUCAAUACUACGGGAGCCAAAAUUGUGGCGAGGAGUGGUGAACAUAUGGACAAAGUGUUCACCCGCAAAAACAAGAAGCUAGCAGACCAGCAGUCGCAUGAGAGCAAUGCCAUCUCGGAGAGUGGCGCAGAAAAGGAGUCACCGGAGCCUGUGACGAAGCCUGCAAUCCCCAGGAGAACGAAACUGUCGGAUGCGCUGCAAGAUGAGAAUGGGAAUUUUGCCGGACAAAAACAUGCAGAGACCGCUUCCUCGCCCCGUGGGAACUCGACUUCCCAGGAGGUGGAAUGUACCUCCUCCAAUGCCCAGCCCGGCGAAAUCCAAAGAUAUCCACUCCAUCAUAAGUAUAAAUCUUUGUUCUCGCCUCCGAUUCGAGCAACGCGCUCGAUGGCGCGCCAGGCGCCACCUCCUACCGUUGUCUGCGACGAUGAGGAAGAGGAACAUGUCCCUCAACCGAUAUCGAAUGGGAAGCAGAAACGUUGGCACAAGCCCUUGAUUUACCCUCGCUUUGGCAAGAAGAAAGCCGAGGUGGACGCUCAGGACGUGGACCGACUCGGCGACAACGAGUUUCUGAAUGACAACCUCAUAGGAUUCUACAUACGGUUCUUGCAAGAUCACCUGGAGCGUGGCAACAAAGAGGCGGCGAAGAGGGUCUACUUCUUCAACUCGUAUUUCUUCGCAACCCUGACCAACUGGCCCAAGGGCAAGAAAGCUAUCAACUAUGAUGGUGUUCAAAAAUGGACCCGGAAUGUGGACAUUUUCAGUCACGACUAUGUCGUGGUGCCUAUCAAUGAAAAUGCACACUGGUACGUGGCCAUCAUUUGCAACCUGCCGUACUUGCCUGGUGUUUCCAAAGCUACGAGAGAACAAGACAACCCCUCCGAAGGCGAGGUGUCUGCUGCUCGGCCAGAUAACGAAAUCCAAGAGGUUCGGGAAACUCCGGAGACUGGGGCAGUUAACAAUCCACAAACCGGCAAAGAGGAAAUGACGCGUCAAUCGCUGGCUUCGAUGAAUUUAUCGGACGGAGAAGGCUCCCAAGAGCUAGGUUCUCAGGUCCCUACGGAACCAGGGUCAAUGGAAGCCAACCCGGACAGCCAGGCCCAGGCACCACAGGAAGGUGAUUCAAAGGGCACCGGCCCGGGGUUGACAGACUCCCCCCAGAGGGCUCGAAAGCAGAAGAAGAAGCCCGCAGGACCCAAACAUGACUUCCGCCAACCCAUUAUCAUCACCUUUGACUCUUUGAACCUAGGUCGCUCGCCCACAAUCAGCAUCCUUCGCGAUUAUCUCCAUGCGGAAGCCAAGUCCAAACGGGAUGUUGAAAUAGAUAAGGGCAUGAUCAAGGGUAUGAGAGCUCAGGAGAUUCCAUUGCAAUCCAACUACUCCGACUGCGGGCUUUAUCUUCUAGCAUACCUCGAGAAGUUCGUUCAGAACCCCGACCUGUUCGUUUGGAAACUGCUACGAAGGGAAAUGUCUACGCAGGAAGAUUGGCCCGAAGUAAAAUCAGGCCUGCUCCGAACUCGCCUUCGAACAUUCCUGGACCGGCUAUAUGACGAGCAGGCGCAACUCAACCCUGAGAAUGCCAGCGAACAAAAGAUGAUGGCGGAUGUGCAGCCCAUAUCAUAUCUUCUUUCCUCUCCCAUCGUCCUGAGGCAAAAUCCACGACCUGCCGACCGCUCGAACGAGCGAUCGCCACAAAGCAAGGGCCCGACCAACAGUGAUUCGAUGCCGGGAAAUCCCUCCGGCAACAGCAGACCGGCAACCCGGUCCAGUCUUCAGCAAUCAUCUGCGAGCGUUAAACAGCCACAGAAAGAAACUUCGGGGCCUCGUAUCAGCGACAAGCCCAAGCGUUCUGACAGAACGGAUGAAAUUAUCGAGGUUCCCGAUAGCCAAGAACCAGUCCAAAUGAUUCCUGCCUCACCGAUGCGCAAAACGACUCGCCAGAAAGACAAGGGGAAGCAUGCGCAACCCGGGGAGUCUGCGGCCAUGGUUGUGAACCCGGGAAAACAGUAUGCUGUUGAGAUUGAAGAUGGCAGCGCGGAGAAGGCAUUGGAUGCCGAACCCUCUGCCACAGGACAAUCUUUUGAGGUAGAGAUUCAGGUGAGGCGAACACCUCCCCCAUCUACAACCAGCGAGCCAGGCGCGAAGAAGAGCCCGCGACCUGGCAAACGCAAGCACAAGACGGCGAAGGGGGCAUAAUGCUGUGCCUGCCAGACACCGUUGAUGAUGAUGCCUGUCAGCCAUGAUGCA